AUGGAGGUGGUAGCAUCAGAGCAGGCAUGGAAAGAUUCGGACACUGGCGAGCUUGUCUUUGACCACAUUGGAGCGAUACUGCGCCAAGGCUCGUGCUACUUCUCCUCCCGCCAGUAUGAUCGAUAUGCCCCGAUCGACGUAACGAAACUCCAUUUCCAAGAGAUCCCUGAAGCUUUCCUCUAUGCGCCACUCCCUGCUGGCAUAACGCGAGCCCCCGACCCUCUACCAUCGGCUACAGUGUAA